CUCUGCAGCACACUUGCAGCCAUCAUGUUUCUUUACCAAAUACUCAACUUGUUCUAUGUAGCUUUGCAAAAGGAGGAAGACUCCAAACAUGACCUGUCCCUUUACAAGCGUGGUGAUUUAUUAGAAGUCCCCAGGACAUUAUUCACACAUUUUGGUAUCUACUUGGGAGACAAUCGUGUGGCUCAUCUCAUCCCGGACAUCCUUCCUGUGAUUACUAAGAAUAAAUCUGCAAUUGCCAAGAUGGUAACAAAUAACCGCCUGCUGCUGGGGGUUAUCACUAAGGUUGCCAGCGUUAGAGUGGACUCUGUGGAAGAUUUUGCGUAUGGCUCAGAGAUUCUGAUCAACCACAUGGACAAGGUGUGCAGCCAGCCUCCUUUGGACGGGGACGAGGUGGCCAGACGGGCUGAGAAACUCCAGGGCUCUGUCACCUACAGCUUACUGUGGUACAACUGUGAACACUAUGUCAUGUACUGCAGAUAUGGAAUGGCCAUCAGCUACCAGACGUACAAGUUCUGCACAGCUGUACGGAAGAUUGUUUGCAGCAGGAUGAGUGCCUAUUUGACUGCACUGUGUGGUAUAGGAACCAUGCUGUAUCUGGGCUGUGUGACAUCACUGACAGUUUUACUGACCGUGCUCAUCUCAUUCACCAUCUGGAUGGCAGCCUAAUGGACUCUGUUAAGACGGCUCACUAGAAAGACUAAUUUAACACAACCUGGUGGAAGCUGAAAUGAAGUCUUGUGGUUUAGCUGUGUGACUGAAGGCAUUAUGAAACAAAGGUGUUCACUUUAAUAGAAAUGUCAGUACUUUACGUUUUACCUUCUUUAAAGCAACACUAGAGAACUUUUCCCGCUUCAGUCCCCCUACAGGUUGGAAGCAGAAUUGUCCAUUAC